AUAACUAGUAACUAUCAAGUGUUUCCCAUGGGCCUGGCAUGGCAUAAAGGACUUCACAAGCACCCCACACAAGAACUCUGUGAGGUCUCAGGAAGGACCCUGCCUGCAGCGCUAGCUGGAGACCAGCUCCCAGAGUGGUUUCUCCUUAGGUCCCUUCCUGCUGCCUCCAAAGGCGCCUGAGCCCCACUCAUACCCUGAGGCUACCCAGCAAGAAUCUCAUCAUGCUGACAGAAGACAUGAAGCUCUGGCAUGGCUUAGUGAUUGCAGCAGUGUCCCUCUUCCUACAGGCCUGCCUCCUUGCAGCCAUCAAUUACCUGCUCGGCAGACACCUGGCUGACAAGAGCGAGCAAAUGCUGAAAGCUGCCAGGCUCCAGGCCCCUGGACUCAGCCCUGCCUCCCAUCAGCCAUCUGCCCCCAAGGAGGUGAAGGAGACUAGGGCAGAGAGAAGCACCCCUGUGUGUGAUCCCCACUACAGGCAUGAUAGCGACACAUCUUCGGACAGCUCGGACAGCUCGCUUUCCACCCACCAGACCCCCAAGGAUGUGAAUUACACACAAGUGGUCUUUUCAGCCCCCGGAGGACCAAAAAAUGAAUCUGCUCUGGACUAUGAGAAUUUAAAGGAAGCCACAGAUUAUGUGAAUGUCAAUCCCAAAAGCCACAAGCCCAAUUUCUGGACUUUUGUGAAUCCUGCUGUCUCUGAGCCAGUGGAAUACUCUCAAGUGACCAUAUGAAUUCUAGAUUUUUAAAUGAGGUACAGUUCUCUAUGAAUUCUUGCACUUAUUUUGGUGGGGGGGAGGGUCUUUUUUUCUUUUAACAAGGCAUCAAGGGAAAAAUAGAUUUAUAUUCCAGCAAGAAGGAUUCAGACCAGAUACUAAGAAGACCUUCCAGGUAAAGUAUGAAAACACCAGAGUACAUCAGCCAUGAAAGUGAUGAAGUCUCUCCCCAGAGAAAAUGUUUUUUAAAAAUUAAUCUUUUUUUUCAUAUAUUCAUUCUGAAUAGUUGAAAUGUAUAUUUGUACAGUCUUUUAGACCUAUUCAAGUGAUGCCUAUGAUAUUGUUAUUGUGUACCCAUCAUAGAUUUGUUGCUCUUUUUAGUGUUGCCCUUGCUGUAUAAUAAAUGCUCCAUCUCGUUUUACCUAGCAAAAACUUGAAACUGUGCUACUAGGGACUUUUGGACAGAAUUAGUUUUUGCAGAUAAUCUUGUACAAUCUUGCACAGAGGUCAGCCACGUAAAAUAUAUACCUGGACUCUCUUGUAUUAUAGAAUUUUUCUUGUUCUGAAUAUCCUUGACAUUACAGCUGUCAAAAAACAAACUGGUAUUUCAGAUUCUGUUUUCUGAAAUCUUUUAAGCUAAAAUCACAUGCAAGAAUUGACUUUGUGGCUAUUAAUUUUGAUACCUUUUAAAUCUGUAUAAAAGUGUGUUGUGUUGAAGCAGCAAACCUUAAGUGAGUGCUGCAUUUGGGAUAUUUACUUUUAUCUUUAGUUAAACGACACCUGGUGUAUUCAUUUAUACCAUCUAAUAUAUGACACAUUGUUGUAGUAGUAUAAUUUUGUGAUCUUUAUUUCCCUUUGUAUUCAUUUUAAGCAUCUAAAUGAAUUGCUGUAUUGUGCUUAAUGUACCAAAUAAAUAAAAAAUUAAUCAGCUGGGAAAGUUGGAACAGAGUUCUGCUUGGCAAUUUUAUGGUUAAAUGACUUCCCUGUGAGCUCUUUAAUU